AUUUACAACAUUUUAAAAGUUCAAAGAGUUCAAUCCCUGGUAGGUUGGUAUAAAUUACUCCGUAUAACUUCUUCGUCUUCUCUAACACCCAAAAUCUUGUUAAUUCCCGCUAACAAGUCAAGCUUCAAUCUUUAGUUCUUUACUUAUGCUGACGAACUUAAAUUCGAAAAAUCCUGCAUAAUUAAUUUCCAUCUUUCUCUUUCCUCAAUUGCUAAAACACCCACCCAAAAAUUAGAGAUUUUUGAGGUUUUUGGGGCAAAUUUGAAGUGGGGUUUUGUGAUACAAGUAAAUUAAUCCUAAAUUGAUUAUACCCAUUAAUUUUUUUCCCUUUAAUUUCUGUACAAUCACCCAAAAAUUCUUUCUUUCGAUUGAUUCAAAUAAGGGAUGAGCGUAAUUCAAAAGGAGACGAUUGAAGUGAUAGCUCAAAGCAUUGGCAUCAAUAAUUUAUCCCCGGAUGUUGCUCUUGCUCUUGCCCCUGAUGUUGAAUAUCGCGUUCGAGAAAUUAUGCAGGAGGCAAUCAAAUGCAUGCGACACUCUAAGCGCACAAUUUUAACAGCAGAUGAUGUUGAUGCUGCUCUCAACUUGAGAAAUGUAGAGCCGAUCUAUGGUUUUGCCUCCAAUGAUCCUUUGCGUUUCAAGAGAGCUGCUGGACAGAAGGAUUUGUUUUAUGUUAAUGACAUCGAUCUAGAUUUGAAAAAUGUAACUGAGGUACCCGUGCCUAGAGCACCCCUUGAUACCUCCCUUUCAGUGCACUGGCUGGCUAUUGAAGGCGUACAGCCUGCCAUUCCUGAGAAUCCUCCAGUUGAAGCUCUUGCAGCUUCAUCUGAUGGAAAUAAAUUAGAGUUUAAAGAAGAAGGAAUCCCUAUCGACAUUAAAUUACCGGUCAAACAUGUCUUAUCUAGAGAGCUUCAGCUUUAUUUUGACAAAGUUAUUGAGCUUACUACAUGCAAGUCUGAUACAGUUCUCUUCAAAGAAGCUUUGCGGAACUUGGCAACUGAUUCUGGACUUCAUCCUUUGGUACCUUACUUUGCAUGCUUCAUUGGUGAUGAGGUUUCUCGGAAUCUGAAUAAAUUAAGUCUCUUAACUGGAUUGAUGCGUCUUGUUUGGAGCCUUCUUCAGAACCCACAUAUACAUGUAGAGCCAUAUGUGCACCAGCUUAUGCCUUCUGUCAUUACCUGUUUGGUGGCGAAGAGGCUAGGGAACAGAUAUUCUGACAAUCAUUGGGAGCUGAGAAACCUUAGUGCAAACCUGGUUGCCCGAGUAUGUCAAAGAUUUGGGCAUAUUUAUCACAACCUCCAGCCUCGAGUCACCAGGACACUGCUCCAUGCUUUUUUGGACCCAAAAAAAGCACUGCCUCAACAUUAUGGUGCUAUUCAAGGGCUUGCUGCCCUUGGACCUAGUGUGGUUCGUCUGCUGAUACUUCCAAAUCUAGAGCCAUAUAUACAGCUUCUGGGGCCAGAGAUGCAACUAGAAGGGCAAAAGAAUGAGAUUAGAAGGCAAGAAGCUUGGCGGGUCUAUGGGGCCUUACUGUUUGCGUCUGGCAAAUGCAUGCAUGAUCAGCUGAAGAAAUUUCCAAGCUUACCACUUCCAUUGGCAAGACCUAUCUUGAAGUCCAAUAAGAAGAUUGUGACCAUGCUACCUAGCAAGCGAAAAGCUAGCGCGGACAACCUGCUACAACAGCCACCACUGAAGAAAUUAUCAACCAAUGGUGCAAUGGGAGUGAUGCCAGUGAACUCCAUGCAAGCCAACAUACAAGGGAUUGCUGGAGUAUUUUCUGCAGCCGUUGGGGGAUCUGAUGCUGGCCUUUCAGCAAUUAGCCAGCAAUUGCAAAAUGAAAAUGUCUCAGGAAGCAGUGGUAGAAGAGAUAAAACAGACAUUCACGCUAAAAAGGCAUCAGCCCUUGCUCUGGCCUGGAAGGAAGAGACAGACGGUGGUCGUUUGUUAUCCUCCCUCUUUGAACAUUUUGGCAUUAGCAUGUUUUCUUUCACUCCAUCCCCUGAACUAUCCUUAUUUUUGUAGUUGCUCAACACGAUACUUCGAAGAUUGUAUUCUAAUAGUGUAAAUUAAUUGAUAUUAGUCAUUCAAUGCAUAUUAUUUCAAAUGUCCACAAUCACAAAAACAAUCCUAGAUUGUAUUCUAAUAGUGUAAAUUAAUUGAUAUUAGUCAUUCAAUGCA